CUAACAAGUAAAACAAAGGGUAAACACAAUUUAAUAGCCAAACAUUUCGUAUUGAAUAAAAUAAUAGCCAAAAUCUUUUCAAAAACAAUUUAUAGCCAAACCGUUAACUUUUCGUCCGGUUAGCUGUUAGUUGACUUUGACGUGGCAAAUUAAUAUACACAUCAGCUUAUAAUUUUUUUUGUUACAAAAAUUGGUUCAGAUUAUUGAAUAUAUAAAUAUAGAAUACAAAGAAAUAAAAAUAGAAAAUGAAAAAACAAUAAACAAGAACAACAAGUCACAAAAUUUCCGGUUGCCACCUUCCGCCGUUCUCUUCCAUCUCUUGCCUCGUGCGCCAUUUUUCUGGCCACCAGAGCCUUGCAAAUCCCAAAUUUCCUCCCUUCCCAGCUCCCACAAAUGGCGAUCGACGACAACAAUUCAUAUUCGGAUCCGCAAAUGUGAGUCUGCCGCAAAAGAAAAACAUCCCCCCUUCCCACAAUUCCAUAUCUGAAUCUCAAAACUUUACCCCUUCCCAAGCACUCUCCCUCAAAUGUCUUCCGACAACGACAAUAUUAACAAAUCGAGUUUGGUGCAAAACGAAGAUAGAAAGAGUAUACAAUACACGAUGUAUGUGGUAUCCCCGAGAUUCGGGACUAGUCCACGGGAGAGUAUGACACUCUUUGGCAUCUAUCUUAUUACUGUUUUUUAUAGUUCCAGCAGCUACCUUACAAAAGGUAUAUAUAGUAGGGGAUAAACCCUACUCGACCACACAACACGUAACCGGGCCGCAAAAAUACAAGAAAGGACCAACUACCCAAGGCUCGGAUGAAGCUCCACAAUGCGAUCUCACCAAUGCUUUUUCCCUCCAUCAAUGGCUCGAUACUAUCCGGCCAUAUGAGGUCUAAAACCUCGCCGCUCAGUCCCACGUUGAUGUCGGCUUCGAAAUCCCUAAGCACUGCCAAUGUUGUCGCCAUCGGCGACCUCCGCCUCCUCGAGGCCAUCAGAUCUCACUUUCAAGACACGGGUCAAGCUCACAUCCGCUACUACCAGGUCGGAUCUUUCGUAAGCGCUAAUGAAACAAUCGAUAACACUUGGCACAUGGCAGCGGGCAACUACGUUGAAAUGCUGAGCCAGGAUGUCGACGAGCUUUCCCUUCGUCUCCCUGCUAGAACAAUGACCACUUGACUCGACAAUUUGAUGCUGAGCGAAGAGGGCGUGAAUGAAUGGAUAAGAAAGCUUGCUUAAUCUGUGUAGCUCUUAACCAAAAUUAAUUCAUUUUUAAAAAUAAAUAAUAACGUGGUAUAGUCAAAGAUUUGACUUCUUGCCAUGUCAGCAAUAAAUGUGCCACUUCACAGUCAACUAACAGUUGACUAGAUGGAAAGUUAACAGUUUGGGUAUUAAAUUAUUUUUGAAAAGGUUUGACUAUUAUUUUGCUUAAAACGAAAAAGGUUUGGCUAUUAUAUUGUGUUUACCCUAAAACAAACUUAAAUUAGCUUAGCCAAUGAUAAACUAGACAUAGAAAACUCAUGUGUAGACAUCCUAUGAAUACAAACAAAUUAGGUUAAACAAUAUACAAUAUUAGUUUAAAGGUUAAAAAAGUUCCCUAUAUUCCUCACCAUACAAAGUUCCCUACGAUCCCGAAGUUUCCAAGUCUAAAGCUUUGUAAGUGCAAAUGAAUUUAGUGAGCCAAACCUAACUAUAAAUACGAGAUUCCAUAGUAAUUAUUAUUUUAGUAAUUGAACUAUUAGGUCAUGCCUACGAAUUAGUAAGGUUAACAAUAAUAUAUACUUACCAAAAUAUGUCGGAGUUGUGUUCUUCAGAAUAAUGUUGGAGAUGUGUUGUUUGCUUGAGUGUGGUAGUGUAGGAACUGUUGGCAGAGAUGAAGUUUUGACGAGAAGAGUUUGAGAGAUAUGAAAGUGAAGUUAUGAGAGUUUGAGAUUUUUUGCUUGUUUAACCUUCCAUCCAGUUUGUUAUAUAUAUAUUGAAUGGUCAAAUAAAAUGGUCAAACAGUCGUUGUAAAAGUAGCAACCGUAGAAGGAAUCAGAUUCCUAGAAGCCAAUUUCACGGACAUAAUAGGAAAAAGUGAACAAUGACACCUGAAUAUGAACGAAAUCGCUCGUAUAAUAGCGUUUUUGACAAUUCAGCUUCGAUCGAGCCAUCGAUUGCUAGAUGACAAAUAUGGAUGCAAAGCGCAAAUAAAUAGCGAUAACACUUCUAUGCAGGCGUUCACUCCUGACUUUGGGCGUUGACGCCCCUAUGGAAGCGCUCACGCUAAAUAACCCCUCCAACCGACUACUUUUGUAAAUUAUAUGCUUCACCAGUUAGAUUUUUACCUUUUAUUUUGGUAAAUUUGCCCGUUUAUUUUGGUAAAUUUUUUUAUAACAUUAGACACAAUUAAAUAAUAGUUGGACUAAGUUGCGGCAAAGUAAGCUAAACGAAGCAGGCAACGCCACCAUAGAAGCUCACUAAUUGUGCUAGUGAUGAUGUAAGAGAAAUCCGGGAAUCCGCACUCGCUCACGAAUCAGAAUACACAGCUCUCACUUUUUAGCGUUUUUUUCUGAAUUUUCUCUCAACAACUCGAAAAUAAAGGAUAGGGCGGAAUUGUCUUGCAACUUCACCACAAAUCUGGAAGAUGCUCGAACAAUAUAAAGGUAGCAACUCUACCACAAUCAAGGGGAAUACCUGAUUGAUACAGAGCUCACUCGAAUGCAGGAGAUCCACCAAGAAACAAUGACAAAAUCCACGAGAAAAAACUCAAUGAAGUGAAAAGGGGUUUUCCAUUAACAAAGUAUGAAUAAUCUGAAUAGUCUGUGAAAAUUCGUAGCUUAAAACACUUUAAAUAGGUAUGGAAAAAUAACCUAAUGAAACACCAAAAAGGAAAAUAAUUCUAAACGAAAAAGGCAACAAAACUCGUCAGAACCCGAAACCCGGUCGGGUAUUUAGCUAUCCUGGCCGGGAAAACCACUGGACACAUUCCACGGUCACCCUCUUUAAAUCCCUGGUCGGGGAUUAGGCACUUCUGGCCGAGGGUUACAUAAUCAUAUCAAGUGAUGACCCUAGCAGAAGAACGAGAGACAACCUGGUGCUUCUUACUAAGCCAUAAAAUCGAAAAGUCCCUAGUUGGAUGUAAUAUACAAAAAUAGAAUGA